UGCAAUGAUGCAAAAGCGUCUUACAAGUUGCCUACAAUGGAAAUAAAGCGGGGAUUUUACGCAAAACGCUGACGUGGUUAAGUAUAGCAUCGUGCUGGUUUUCGUGCGUCUUUAACCUUUACAGAGUUAAAACAAUACAUGAACAAACGAACGUUAGUCAGCGGAGUGUUCGAUGCAACGGUGCGAAUAAGCGCCCCCUGUUCCCCAAGUGUAGGAUAACGCUAAAGGCACGUUGCAGUGUUGUUCGGCGUCUACGCCCACUGAGGUGCCGCUGCUCAUUUUCCUCAUCGAAAAGCUUAUAGCAGACAAGAAGGCAGGCAGGCAGCACGGCGAACAGGCAGGCAGCACGGCGAACAGGCAGGCAGCACGGCAAGCAGGCAGACUGGGAAGGAACGCUCAGGAGCGGCCGAUUUCCAUCAGCGAAGUACAGCGUGACAAACGAUGGCCCCGAACUGAAAACAACAGGGCCGCCGGGUUGCCUCGCUCUUGUCACCGCUGAAGCCAGUGUUAAAGACGAAAGGAAACGGAGAGGACUUUUAGUCGCCAUUAGAUCCCAAACCACCCCUGCCAGGAAUGGAAUUUGUAUGACUGGACUGAUUACCGGAGGUUCUCUCCUGUUGUCAACCUGCCGAGGAAAUCGACGCCUGCCGCAGAGAGCGACACCGCCACAACGCUCGGAACGUUUCAAGCCUGUCACUGUCCAAAUCUUUCAGUACCUGGACACAUCUGAAGCGCUCUGUCAGCUGUGCAUAGAUAACGCAAACGUGCCCCCGUGUGCUUUUUGCUGCCUGUAUAAUGCCGACACAUUUGCGAUUCCGGAGAAGGUCAUUCCUUGGGCUUUUAUUCCUUUUCUCGUUCUCAACCACGACACUGUAUGUCAUCUACUCUGCACCUGGCAUCGUGAACGAGUACUUUUUCAUGGUCCAAGCCAGAGGGAUCCGCAUCAGAGAAAAUGUGAAGAAUAUCGGUGCUCAGGUCCUGGAGCAGGUGGUUAGAGGUGCUUACAGCAAUGGCACAGAUUACUCAUAUGACUUCAACAUGAGUGAGAGUGAUGCUCCUCCCACUGCAUAUCUUCCUGGGGGUUUUACGUAUCUCCCCUCACAAGUUUGCCCUGAGAAGCUGCCUUCAAUGAAGGGUAGGUUGGAGGUGAAUAUGAGUGAAGUUUCACUAGAGGAUGUGGAGAGAUCUCUGCUGCAGGACGAGUCUUUUAUGGCCCCAGGAGGCCACUGGAAGCCCAAAGACUGUUUACCUCGCUGGAAGGUGGCAAUCUUAGUACCGUUCCGGAACCGACAUGAGCACCUGCCUAUCCUCCUGAGACAUCUGGUGCCAGUGCUUCAGAAACAAAGGCUUCAGUUUGGCUUUUAUGUCAUAGAGCAGGCUGGCACCGAGACGUUUAACCGAGCGAUGUUGUUCAAUGUGGGCUACAAGGAGGCCAUGAAGGAUAUGGAUUGGGACUGUCUUGUCUUCCAUGACGUCGACCACCUCGUGGAGAAUGACAGGAACUACUACGGCUGCACGGACAUGCCCAGACACUUUGCGGUCAAACUUGACAAGUACUCAUACAUGCUUCCGUAUAAUGAGUUCUUUGGUGGUGUCAGUGGCCUGAAAGUGGGACAGUUCGAUAAGAUUAAUGGAUUUCCUAAUGCGUUCUGGGGCUGGGGAGGAGAAGAUGAUGACCUUUGGAACAGGGUGCUGUAUGCAAAUUACACCGUGAGCAGACCACAUGGAGAACUGGGCCGCUACAUGUCUAUUCCACACCAUCAUCGCGGAGAGGUCCAGUUCCUGGGAAGGUAUCGUCUUCUCCGCCAUUCAAAGGAGCGGCAGAAGGUUGAUGGUCUGAACAACUUAAACUACUCCCCACUUGUGUCCAAGAGGCCUCUUUACACCAACGUCACAGUCAACUUGAGCAGAAGUCUUGCACCUGUAGCCGACUACUGAUGUAGGCAUAGCUGGACUGACAAACACCUGGGAAUCAAAAGUCCUCUGGGACAUCAGCCAUAUCUCACCAGUUGCGGCACUGCUGAAAAUAUUUUUAGUUUUUUCGUGCUUUAUUUCUUUUGUGGGUUUGCAAACAAAACAAAAAAAAAGGAGACACAAAAUAUGCGGGUUGGCUAAAUCAUACAAGAAAAUAGGGAUAAAUGCUGCACUUUUUUUGUGCCACAGUCCACCACUUCACUCAUCUGGGAUUACCUAGUCUUCAGUGUCCACAUGCCUUUUGCACCAUUUUGGCCUUCAACACCCAUCAAGUAAUUAAUUUUCUUCAUUGAGUCUGCGAUUAACUCAUCCCUGCACUUGAGUUUACAUUAGUUCUUUAAAAUAGGCCGUGAGACACACCCUUGCCGCUCUUUUAUGCGCGCAGCAGUUUGACUUAAAAGGUGAUGACGUGCUUUCUUAUUUUGAUUUUGCACUUCUGACUUCUUACACGAAUGCAGUAGUCCUGUGAAACAUUUGCAUGUACACACAGAUACACACACAACUUUUACCGCGUGGAAGCUUGCAGCUGGUUCUGCUGAAGGUAUGCCAAAAUCUACAAAUGAAAAGAACUAUGAAGAGUUUUCAAUCAUCUAUAUGUGAGAUAGUUUACGCAAAAUUUAGAGUAUAUUAAUAUCUUGAUAAUUUCUUAAAACUAUAUUUUCCCUGUGAACAUACCAUUUGAAGACUGUGAUAUUUAUGUUUGCGUUGUUGCUUUGGACGUACCUGGCUGCCAAUGAGUGGCUAUGGAUGUGAGAGUUGCUCAUCUUGUUAGCAAUAAGCCGUAAUACCGCAGAGAUGAAUUUAGACCCGACUGCCUCAUGAUACUGAUGCAAUAGCACAGGUGCUAGCAUAUACUCACUAUCGAGACAGAAUGAGUGCAUUUGCGAACGUGUUCGACACACCUUUGCCUAAGUCAACAUAACACCCAAUGAAAACAAUGUCUUCUCUGAACCUCUGCAUGGCUGCGUGCUUGUCUGUGAGUUUGUUAGCGAGGGAGAGCCUAUGCAAAUGGCUUGUAUGGAUCAUAUUGUCAUGUCAUCAGAGUCCGAGUGACAGGAUUGACUUCAGACCCCACUUACUUUGUGGUGUGUAAUCACAGCCCCCAGUUUUCAAAUCUGCAAUCGCCUCCAUUUUCACACAAGUUAACUGGAGGUAGAGAUACUUGAUUGCUGUCACUGUCCAGAUGGUGUUUACAGAAGCUUUUGAUUUAUUGCGUAGUGUUUGAAUAUGUGAGGCUCCCGAACCCCCUGCUUUAAAUCUCUUUAACAAUAAUGCCUGCCUUUAGUAAUAUUGUUUUAAAACUAAAACCUCUUUCUCGCAGGCUUGAAUAUUCUAGGUACCGGCUUCUGUACCAUGGAUUACCUGAUAUUUUUGUUGAGUGGCGUGCAGUCUACCAUUGUGCACUGACAUUAGCUGAAGUUCUGCAAGUGCACAGCAGUCAAAUAAUUGCCCUUCUUUGAUUUAUGUGUGCUUUAAAUUGACCCGCUCAACCUUAAUAUUUGGGUCUUUAAAAAAAACUAUAUGGACAUGAUUAUCACUGUCCUCCCGUCACAAAGCUACUCCAUUUCACACAAAUCGCCUUGUAUGCAUUUAAGAUGUGUGUUUUUGUUUGUAGGGUUGGCGUGGGGGUGGGGGGGUGAAUUACUGUUGUUCCCACAGUGAGGCUGGACCUCUUUUUAUUUAUUUGAUCUCUUACGAAUUAUUUUCUGUAAUUGUUGUUUUUUUUUGUUUUUGUUUUUCUAAUUUCUCACAUUUAAUGUGAUGAUUUAUGAUGUGAUGUAUGACAGGCUGUGUUAGAUGCACUGAAUCUUGUUGUCAUGUGUAUUUGUGUGGGGUUGGGAGGAUUGGGAUCCUGUGUUCAAACCUGGGAACUGUUUAUUUUCAAACAGAUACAAGUCUGAUGAAAUAGACCGGCACCCUUUUUGGACGGUGUGCGUAUAUUCUGCUCAGCAGACACGUCUGGGAGCGCCAUUUUGUGUGACAACCGCAGGAAGGGCGAAAAAGUGAAUUUCUGUAAGUGUGCUGGCUACCCAUGUUAUUCAUUGGGCACCUCCUUCAAUGACCUUUUUAAGAGCGCCCUCUCAAGUGUUCGUUGUGCUUAGUCAACCAGUUCUAAGUUUACGUGAUUAUGUAAAUACAACAGCCAUACAACCACAAGUCUUGCCAUAUCUACAAAUUAAAGAGGAAAAAAAAAAUCUACAAAACAAAGUGGAACGUCAGUUUUCGUGACAAAUCCUUUCUGGAAAGUGAGUAAAAUAAUCUUAAUGCAAUCCAAAGAAAUAUUGACCAAUAAAUAUGGGUAUAUAGGGAAAUAAAUACAGUAUAGAAAAGAAAUCCAGUUAAUUAAUUCCAGUUACCCAAAAGUAUAAUCAAAAUAAGUUUUAUUGACUUGUAGUUUUAAAAGUAAAAGCUGUAAAUAAAUGUUAAAUUAAUGAAGAAUCUUGAUGUGAGGGGGAUGUGUUGCAGCUUCUCAAACCUUUAUAAGGUCAAAACAAGCAUACCUGUAGGCAAGUUGUGGCAACGGCCGCGUAACAUCCUGUGGAAAAUCAGCCUUCAAAAUAAAAAUGAAACCCUAUUUAGUUUUAUCCCUAUAAUGGCCUUGUUAACAGUUGAACUAUUUUCUGCUUGUUUAUUGGGUGUGACUGUUAAUUAAGCCACCGCUUGGCCAAAGAAAGCGUGGUAGAAUACUUAACUACGUCUGUCUACUGACUUGAAAUCAGAUUAACUCAUAACAAUUCCGUGAAAAUAAGGCCCAAGUAAUUUGUGUUAUUUUUUGUUUUUGUCAGUGUACAAAAACUGGGACAAAAUUUUGGCAAGUCGUCAAAAAUCAAACUAUACAAAAUUGUCCAUUCCAAGACUCAACUAUAGAUGCUUGUCUUAGGACAAAAUGUGACAAAUGUGAUUCUUUCCUGUGCUCAACCAUUUUGGAGAUUGUGUAGUCUCCUAACCAAAUUCUAAAGAGGUGUCCAGUGACAGUAAUGAGGAGUCAAAGCAUUUAUGUAAAGCAUUAAAACGUCUCCAUGCGUGUUUGAGUGAAAUGGCGAAACCCUCCAGAAGUGAAACAGCACUCCUUCUAGAGCUGUGGUUUUGUUUUCUUUACCUGCACUGGUAAUGUUUUCCAGGAACCUAGUAGUGAGCAACCCAGCAGGUUCUUUAUUUUCUUGACGCAUACAUGAAACACUGUACAUGGUUUACUUUAUCAUUGCUUUAAAUUAAAAGCUCAAUGGAAAUGUUCAAUGAGACAAACAGUUAAGACGAUAAGAAAUUCACCUGAAUAUUUGACGCUGAGGGUGCUCGCUAUAUCAAGACCGAAUUGGUCAUAUUCAGUAUUUGGCUUUAUCUUUCACAAUGUAAAACAAGCAGCUUCAUCUACCUGUGGAUAAAUUCUAAAUGCUUUUGUUUAUUCCAUGACAGCUAGACUGGCUUCUCUAAACAGUCUCCACCCUCAUGCUUUGUCAAAAACAGGAAAUUGAUUGUUUUGAGUUGCCGAUAGGAGCAUGCUGGCCAGUCAUUUACCUCUUUAUAUAUAUUGUAAAUGGUCUCAGUCCAGGCAAAGACUGAGCCUGCUGCUCAUGGUACCAUAACCUCACCUGUUCUGAUCCAUUCUAUGCUAGUUUAAAUGAAGGAACCAUACCUGGGCAUCUGACAAAACUGGCAGCCUUAAAAGCUUCUUAAUUUAUUGCAGUGUUUUUCUCACUCAAAAUUUUUUUUUUUUUUUUUUUUUUUUUUUUUUUACGAGCAAAAAUAUUUAAAUUUCAAUAAGUGCAUAUCAAGUUAUAGCUCAUUGUAAAUACUGUUGUGUGUAGUGUUUUAGAAAAAUCUAUAAGGUCUUAAAUACUACUGAUGGUAGCAUAAAGAACAAGGAUUUGGAGUGAGAUUGGCUGGUCCGGGUGCCAUUUAAGUGACGCUUACACCGUGACAACAAUGUUUUUACAUCACUGCUUCUCAGCACAGCUUUUUUUGAACACAUGAAAAAAGUCCUUAUCUCCCUAAAUUUGUAUUUUGAUCACAUUAGCAGAUACAUUUUGAAUUGAAGUGGCUUCCCCAGUAAAUAUGCUGGUAUUGACGAGAUAUGUCAUGGCAGAAGUGGGAUCCUGCCUUAAUAUCGGGUCCAGUGUCCCUUUUUUCCGCUCUGGCGUCUGACAGCAUGAAGGGACACUCCAGUCGUUAUUGUGACUUGUUUUGAAGUACAUGAAAUAUGUUGGAUAGUAACUACUGAAAAUGAGCACAUACUGAGAACAAUUGAGUGCUUUAUCUCUAUAGUUUUAGCAAGAAACUUAGAAGCUGCCAAGAUUCUUUGGGCGGGCCUAAAAUGGGGGUAGGGUGCCCAGCGCGUUUGCAGCCAUGCCGCCAAGUUACAGCUCUUAAUCCCCUAAAUGCAUCAUCUCUCACUUGUGUUUAUGUUUUAUGUUUUUUAGGCUUUGUUUAGACAAAUGGCUAGCCACAAGCAAAAACAACAUGGCUGGCAGACAGUGGUGUGAUUCUCAUGAAAGCUAUGCAUUACGGUAAUGAAGGGCCUACACCAAAGCAAUCUUAAAUAGCGGAAUGAUUGGAUUAGAGUUGUCCAAUGAUGACUUUUUCACAGAUAAUGAUAUCCAAAAAUCCGAUACCGAUAUUGAUGUAUACGGCUGUGGACUCAACAUAUUAUGGUUAAUUGUAUAGUAAUGCCACACUGGAUGGUUCACUAAUGAUAAAUGUAACAACUUCAAAGUUUUCCAAAUCAACAUUCUGUGAAAAAAAGAAAACUUCAACUGAAGUUAUGGAAAAAGUGCCAAUAUUGCACAACUAUAUUUAUUGUUGAAAUCAAAAUGGUACAAACAUGAGUUUUUAUUAGAUCCAGUACAAGUGCAAAAUGCCUAUAGGGCACUUAUUCAUUCCUCAGUGUGUGUGUGUGGGGGGGGGGUACAUAAAUCGACAGAUAUUGAACAAAUGGGGCACCAUAGAGAAGUCAGAUGCUGGAGUAAAAUUGAAUUGGCUUUACUGUGGUCAUCUUUCUCUUGACAAGCGCACUGAUAGUUUUUUGUAAAAGUGAAAACAACAAAAUAUUGUGUCAAUAAUAUCAAAGGCGCAAAAUAUAGCAAAGUAUACACCACGUGUCAGUUUGAAUAGCAACUGGUAGUACAGCUUGUAAGCAAUGAAAUAACUGGAACUUAUAACUGUUUUCACCUAAGCGCCAGCAAGGGGCGACAAAACACAAGAAACACAGGCAGGUAUUAAGUGGACAUGACAGCAUUGCCAUAUCCAUGUUGACUCAAAACCGAUAAUGAAAAAAUUAUGUUGAUAUUAUUCGAUAUCAUUUUAAUAUGCUUUUAUCAACCGAUCUUACCGGCUACCUGAUAACAUUGGAUAUCUUUAGCCAUGAUCACUCAGUAAUUUAUUUUUCCAUCAACACUUUGAACUCCGUAAUGUUUUAUUUAUAGUAAAAUAUCUAAUUGAUCAAUGUCCAAUAAAACCAUGUAUUACUACAAAUUAUGGUAAUGAUCACCAAUGGCGUAAACUGUAAACGGUAUAAUUUUUUAUUUUAUUUUCUAAAAAGCCAAACAAUCUUGUAGGUAUCUUUUCUCGUGCCUUCUUUAUGGUGCAUUACAGGUCAGAAUAAAUUGAUCUGUUUUUUUUUUUUUUUUUUUUUUAAUGACCUUGCUAUGACGGAACCAUGAACACAGUGUAACAGGAAUGAAAGUUUCAUGCUUGGAUGUUUUCAUGUUGUUUUUUUUUUUACUUUAUAUGUAUAUUUUUUUUAAAUACAAUCUGCUAAAUAUAUGUGUGUAUAUAUACACAGUUUUAAACAAAUUUAUUUUUAAAAAAAAAAUAAUAAUGAUAUUGAUGGAACGUUUGUGCUACUGUAUUGAGUUGAAAACAUCAAAGCCUUUCAUGGAUUUAUUAUAGUCAUAAAUUUACGACUCUAAAAUCUGGUAAACGCAAAGUACUAAUUUGGUAAGAAAUAGGAGACUGAGCUACAUAAUAGACAUAACCAUCUUUCAACUUAAACUUUCAGGUUUUAAUGACUAUAUCCCUUUAUCAAAUACAUAGUUUAGGUUAGCUUCAUGAGAAUCAGCCAGUAGUAGCUCGUACAGCAACAGCCAAAAUUGGAUGCAUUGUGGUUGGCUGAAGUUCUGCCAAGGGUCCGCUGAAUUUCUAGCCUUACUUCAGGGGGAAGCAACGGAUUGAAUUAUGACCUCUGUAACCAAUAUCUUCUGUCAGGUUCACAUGUGUUUUAUAUAAUAUAAGUUGUGUGUAAUAAUGCACACUCAGCAGGCACACCUACAAUGUCUGAGAGCAGAUGGGCUGGCCUAAGUGUUUUCCCCAUUUUGAAGCCUUAUCAGAUAUAGUUAGCAAUUCCUUUAUAAAAUCAAAUUUGGCUGGAUUGUAUGACUUUGACUUUUUCUUUGAGCCAAUUAUAUUAAUGUUAACCUCCACUGGAGUGUCCCUUUAAGAAGGAGAUGAUAUGCUGCACUUCGAGGCACCAAGUUGAGGCGUCGUCUGCCAAAAACACCAUGUGCUUUAAAUGUAACAAAAAUACUGGCACCCAAACUGGCAAUACAACCUGCUCACAAUUAAAUUAUUUUAUUUUCUGUGAAUUCGAACCAAUUAAGAGAAGAAACCGAUUUCACUCAAUUAUGAAUCAAUACAUUAUUGACAUAACAUUGUCCCUAAAUUGUAAAGGGGCCUUGAAUUAAUCACCCAAAGCCACUUGUUAAAACUUGAUGUCAGCCUUACAUGGAUCUGUUUGUGUAUUGGCAUAUUUAUCUUUUGAUUAUUGAAAUUUGUAUGAUGGGGGUUUUCUUUUAUACCAUCAUUGUUAUUGUCAAAGUACACCAAUAAAAAAAAAAAACUUGUAAAGAUGCAGCUGUGCUGACUGUGUUAUCUUGUGCUACGGUGGCCGAGAGGAGGUGACAUGCAAAGUCCAAACACUUUGCCAAAAGACAAA